AUGAACUCGAAGCGCGCCCAGGACGCGGGCUACAGCGACUCUGACUCUACCGCCUCCGGUCCCGCGCCCAAGCGAGCUCGACGAGCAGCAGCAGCCGCCGCCGCCGCCUCGACCUCUGCGACCGUCGAACUCGGUUCCUCCGACUCUGAAGAGUCUGACGAGGGCAAGAACCCCGACAGGAGCUACAAGGUCACGCGGCAGGAGAAGGCGGCCGAGUACGAGAGCGACUACGAUAUCGACGAUGCGGACGUGGACGAGGUCGAGGACGAGGGGCAGGAAGAGGAGGACGACUUCGUGCCAGAGCGGAGAGGUGCUGGCUCGGCUGCAAAGGGAAAGGGCAAGGCGAAGGCCAAGCCAAAGCCGGCUGGGAAGGGGAAAGGGAAAGGGAAGGCACGAGCGGGAGGAACGCCCGUACCAGCGCCUGGCGAUGCGUCGAGCGGAGGUACCAAGAUCAAGUUCAAGUUUGGUGGUGGCGGAGCAGCGGAGAGCGCGAGCACGUCGGCGACGAUGCCGACGCUCAAGACGCCCGGUGUUGCAGCGUCCGACGCGGCCGGUGCGCUCGUCAGUAGCAACUUCCGCCAGGACCGCGACUACGGCUACCUCCCCCUCCGCCCCGAUCAAGCCUCUCGUCCGUUCUACAUUGUCCCUUCCACCGGCCACAUCAUCCUCGAGAACUUCCACCCUCUCGCCAAGUACGCGACCGACUUCCUCGUCGCCAUCGCCGAACCCGUAUCCCGACCCAAGUACAUCCACGAAUAUAAGCUCACGCCGCACUCGCUCUACGCAGCCGUCUCGGUCGGUCUCGAGACAGAGAAUAUCAUCGAGGUGUUGAACCGCAUGUCGAAGGUGCCCGUCCCGGACGAGCUGUGCGAGUUCAUCCGCGAGUGCACCCAUUCGUACGGCAAGGUCAAGAUGGUCCUCAAGAAGAACCGUCACUACGUCGAGUCGUCCGACCCGGAGACGUUGCGAAUCCUCUUGCGAGACGAGGUUAUCGCAAAGGCGCGAGUGCCGCCCGAGGAGCAGCAGCAGGCGGACAAGGACGGCGCGGCGCCGACUGCGACGUUUGGACUCGAGACGGCCAAGGCACCGACCAAGGCCGGACUCGUCAUUCCCGGCACGUCGAAAGCCGGUCCGCAAAACGGUCAGGCGGGCGCGAACGGCGAAGCUGGCAAGGACAAGCCUCAGCGAACGCAGGAGGAGGAGGACCUCUUCACCGCUGUCGUUGGACUCGAGAAGGAAGACGACAUGGACGACGACGACGAGGUGCAUUCAUUUGAGGUGCGCGAGUCGGAGAUCGAGGCGGUCAAGCGUCGAUGCCUCGACCUCGACUACCGCAUGAUGGAAGAGUACGAUUUCCGGCACGACGAGAUCAACCCGACACUCGAAAUUGACUUGAAGCCAUCUGCGGCGUUGCGGCCAUAUCAGGAGAAGAGUCUGGGCAAGAUGUUCGGUAACGGUCGCGCUCGCUCGGGCAUCAUCGUCUUGCCGUGCGGCGCCGGCAAGACCCUUGUCGGAAUCACGGCUGCGACGACGAUUCGCAAGUCGUGCAUCGUCCUCUGCACCUCGUCCGUCUCGGUCAUGCAGUGGCGGCAGCAGUUCCUGCAGUGGUCGACGAUCAAGGAGUCGGCCAUCUCAGUCUUCACGGCGGAUCAGAAGGAGAAGUUCACGGGCGAAGCGGGAAUCGUCGUCUCGACCUACUCAAUGGUCGCAAACCGGCAGAAGCGCUCGCACGACUCGCAGAAGAUGAUGGACUUCCUCACCUCGCGCGAGUGGGGUUUCAUCCUGCUCGACGAGGUUCACGUCGUCCCCGCCGCCAUGUUCCGUCGCGUCGUCACGAAGAUCAAGGCGCACACCAAGCUCGGCUUGACGGCGACGCUCGUCCGCGAAGACGACAAGAUCGACGACCUGAACUUCCUCAUCGGCCCGAAGCUGUACGAGGCGAACUGGAUGGACCUCGCCGAGAACGGUCACAUCGCCAAGGUCCAGUGCGCCGAGGUGUGGUGCGACAUGACGCCCGAGUUCUACCGCGAGUACCUGCGCGAGUCGUCGCGCAAGAAGAUGCUCCUCUACUGCAUGAACCCGCGGAAGUUCCAGGCGUGCCAGUUCCUCAUCCAGUACCACGAGAACCGCGGCGACAAGAUCAUCGUCUUCUCGGACAACGUCUACGCGCUCGAGGCCUACGCCAAGAAGCUCGGCAAGCUCUACAUCCACGGCGGGACCCCUCAAGUCGAGCGCAUGCGCAUCCUGCAGAACUUCCAGCACAACCCAAUCGUCAACACCAUCUUCCUCUCGAAAGUCGGCGACACCUCGAUCGACCUGCCCGAGGCGACGUGCUUAAUCCAGAUCUCAAGUCACUUUGGCUCACGCAGGCAGGAGGCGCAGCGGCUUGGCCGGAUCUUGCGUGCGAAGAGGAGGAACGACGAGGGAUUCAACGCCUUCUUCUACUCGCUCGUCUCGAAGGACACACAGGAGAUGUACUACUCGUCGAAGCGCCAGGGCUUCCUCGUCGACCAAGGAUACGCCUUCCGCGUCAUUACCUCUCUCGACGGCCUCGAUCAGCUCGACAACCUCGUCUACCCGACCAAGGCGGAGCAGAUUGAGCUUCUCCAGUCCGUUCUCCUCGCGAGCGAGACGGAUGCCGACGUCGGCGGUGACGAGGUCUCGAAGGCGCCGAGCGGAGCGGCGAGUGGCUACAACAGCCCUGCGCCUGGACGGCGGGAUGGUGCACCGCAGGCGACGAGGAUCGCCGGCAGUCUGCAGGCUCUCAGCGGGCGCGUCCUCCGUGGUCAGAGCAUGGCUUACAGCGAGCGACAAAAGUCGGCAAACAAGCAGCUGUCGAAGGAGGCCAAGUCGAACCGGCACAACCUCUUCAAGAAGCGCGACGAGGCAGCCAAGAAGCGCGCAAAGGACCGCGCGUCCGGCCACCUCUAA